CACCGUCGUCGGAUUGCCUCCGCGCACCCCCGCGCAGAGGGUGUGAAGCUUCCUAUCUUCCUGUCUUUACUUCCCCCUCUUCCCUUUUCUGCCUCUCUCACUUUCGCCCAACUUCGACAGAAUGUCGGGCCCCGUAUCUACCGUCGCUGCGCUGCAGGACAUCUACACCCCACAGGCCUUGGCCGAGCAGAGUUUGCGGUGGGAGUCGCUGCUCGACAAGUUCCAGGCCCUCUAUGGCGCUCCCGCCCAGUUCGUCGCGCGGUCGCCUGGUCGCGUGAACAUCAUCGGCGAGCAUAUCGACUAUUCCCUCUACUCCGUGCUGCCUAUGGCUAUGACUUCCGACGUCAUCAUCGCCGUCUCUACCGAUCUAGAACCUAUCAAGGAGGGGACCUACAAGAUCAAGAUCGCCAAUGUCGCAAACGAGACCUUCCCCACUCGCGAGUUCGACAUCCCCUAUUCCGACGUCGAGAUCGACGCCACCAAGGCCGAAUGGACCAAUUACUUCAAGUCCGGCCUGAGGGGCGCCCUCCAGCUGCUGAGGAAAAAGUACGGCGCCGAUUUCAAACCCAAGAGCAUGCAGGUCUUGAUGGACGGCACCGUGCCCGUCGGCGGCGGCCUCAGCUCUAGCGCCGCGUUCGUGAGCGCCAGCGCCUUGGCCGUCAUGGUCGCCAACGGCGAGCGCGACGUCGACAAGCAGGCGUUGACCGAGGUCGCCAUUGUGAGCGAAAGGGCAGUCGGUGUUAACUCGGGCGGCAUGGACCAAUCUGCUUCCGUCUUCUCCGAACGGGGGUCGGCUCUCCUGGUCUCUUUCGUCCCGUGCCUCUCGGCGCGACCGGUCUCCUUCCCCGAAACGGACCCCGAGCUCUGCUUUAUGGUCGCUCAAUCAUUCGUCACCUCUAACAAGCAAGAGACCGGACCGAUCCACUACAACCUUCGCGUCGUCGAAUGCAGCCUGGCGGCCGCCUACUUGAACGCUAAGCUCUGCGCUAAGGGGACGGAACUGCCCAAGGAUGCCGGCCCGCUCGGCGUAUCUCUUCGCGGAUUCCACGACAACUACUUUAAGGGUAGCUCACUUUCCAUGCAGGAGCAACUCAACGAGCUAGUCGACCUAACCAAGGCCACGCUGACCCAGGAGGAGGGGUACACGCUAGAGGAGGUGGCGGCGGGCAGCGGCAUCCCGGUCGAAGAGCUGCGGGCGCGCUUCCUGUCGAGCUUCCCGGUACGCGCAGAGCGGUACAAGCUGCGGCAGCGGGCGCUGCAUGUAUUCACCGAGGCAUGGCGCGUGCUGCAGUUCCUGUUCAUGCUCGAGCACCCAGAGGAGUUCCCAGAUGAGGUCCCAGGCAAGGCCCCAGGAGAGAACCCAGACGAGAACCUGGGCGAGGACCCAAGCGAGGUCUCGGGCGAGGACUCAGAGGAGGACUCAGCUGAGGACUCAGCUGAGGACUCGGACGAGGGCUCAGGCGAGGACCUAGGCGAGAGACCAGGCGGGGGCUCAGGAGAGGGACCAGGCGAGGGCUCGGACGAGGAGGAGUACGUGAUGAGGUACAACGACAAGCUCGGCGCGCUGCUCAAUGAGACGCAGGACUCGUGCCGGGACCUGUACGAGUGCAGCUGCCCGGAGCUCGACGAGAUUUGCACGAUCGCGCGCGCCGCCGGCAGCUACGGCAGCCGCCUGACGGGCGCCGGCUGGGGCGGCUGCACCGUCCACCUCGUAUCGGUCGACAAGGUCGACGAUAUCAGGAGCGCGCUUCUCGAGGACUACUACGCCAAGCGCCACCUCAACGUGCGCGGUCUCGAGGACGCAAUCGUCGUCAGCCGGCCGAUGAACGGAAGCGCGGUGUACGUGGUCAAAGACGGAAAGAUCCAGGUGUAGAUAGGCGAAUAGAGGAGAGGGGAGGGGACCAGAUGGUAUCUAUAUAUAGGUGGCCCCUUGUAAGUAACCUAUCAUGAGGUGUGUAAUGUAAAGAUGUGUGAAGUAGAUGCU